CCCCAGUUCCUGGUUGAUGAUAACACGCUUUCGGGGAGACUCAGCACGGUUCACAACAUCAACUUUUGAAAGCAUGGAAUUAGAAGCUUCUUAGUUUUUGCCAAAGACACAUUAAGCGGGAGGAAAAAGUGAAAGCGGACUCUGCCGGCUGCAGGUUUUGGUCAGAGGCAUGACUCUGUAGACGGAGUUUGCUUCGCUCGUCUGCUAAGCUAAGCUAGCUAACUAGCUCCAUUGCGGUCCAAAAUGACUGACUGCUGCGCCGCGGCGGACUGUGACUCCCAGCCAGGGGAAAGCAGUACCCCGCUCUUCAGCUUCCCUUCGGAUCCGGACCGCUGCAAGCAAUGGCUGAAUAACUGUCACCGCCUCGAUCUGGCCUCGGAGCCUCCGGAACAGUUGCACAAGCGCUACAGACUCUGUGCAAAGCACUUCGAGCCCUACCUGAUCUCUCACCAGAGCGCCUCCAGCUGUGUCUUACAGGAAGAUGCAAUUCCAACAAUAUUUGACUCUCCCAUGCCUGUGAAUAACCAAUCCACUAGCAACAGGAAGCGAACUCGAGACCCCUCGGAAGAAGAAGCUACAGCUGUGAAGAAAACAAAAGAAAGUGAAUCAGGAGACUUGAAAGAAGAGACAAAAGAAGCACCUGGAGAGAACAGUGCAACAGUUGAAAUACCAAAAGACACUGAGACCCAGGAGGAUGUUACCAGCUCGAAAGCAAAAGAGACUCUGAAGGUCUAUUUUAAGGAAAUCCUGGCUCUGACUGGAUUCAGCAUCAAUGGCGCAAACAUCAACGCAGAGGAGCCAAUCGGGGGCGCGAGGGGCCAGCAGACCCUCAAUCGCAUCUGUGUGGAAAAAAUUGACAAGAAAGAAAUCCUGCAGUUCAGUGAAGACCUCAUGCGGGAGGAGAUCCAGAACAGCCUCCGACUGGCCCGGUUCUUCUCCAUCCUGCUCCAGGAUGCCACGAGCAUCGAGGGGAAGGAGCAGAUCCCGGUGUUCAUCAGGUCCGUCACAGUGGCAGGGUUCCCACAGAAGCAUCUCGUUGGAUUCUUACCGUGUGACCUGGAUGCCGAAAGUCUGUUUUACAUGCUCCUCACCGAGCUGCGAAACAAGUGGGGGCUGAGGAUGGAGCACUGCAGAGGACUCACUUAUCUGGUUACGGGCAGUAUGUGUCAGAAAAUGCGAGAUCUCACCUGCAGGAUUCUGCAGGAGUUUCCUCAAGUAGUUCUGUCACCCAGUGAUCCGUAUGCAUUCAACAUAUGGAUUAUUCGUUGCAUGCCCGUGCCCUCCAUCCAGAAGGUUGCCGAUACUGUGGAGGAAGUGGCCUCGUUACUCAGGAGAACUCCGGAGCUGUCCCAACGACUGGAAGGAAAGAUUCAGACGACGUACGGGCAUAUAAAAGGCGAAGUGGACAGAAUCAAGGCAGCUCUCUCUGGGAAUUGGGAAUAUGGCACUGACGCAUUCCAGACCAUGCUGGAGAUCCUGGAGCCAUUCUUGAACUGUAUCAACGAGAUGAUUUCAAAGGUUGACGAAGAUACUGCUGAACAAAUAGCCAAGCUCAAGCCAGUUUUGAAGAACUUCAACUUCAUCAUCACACUUGUGGCUCUAAAGAACACCCUGUGUUGUGUGAGCAUUCUUAACUCUAGUCUCAGGGGAAUAAUCAGCAUCAGCAGUACUUUGCAGUACACAAUUUCCAAUGCCUUAAAACUGGUAAGCAAAUAUCAGCAGGAGCUCCCAAUAUUCCACAGAAAAUGGUUUUCAGACGCAGUCGGCCGAGCCAAGAAGCUGGGAGUGGAGGUCAGCAAACCAGAGAUGGCACAAGAAGAUGGAGCCGAAACCUCUCUGGAGGAUUUCUACAGAGAAACGCUCAGCCGGCCCAUCUUGCAGUAUCUUGUCGCAGAGGUAAAGCGAGUGUUCAGCAUAGAGAUGGUGAGGAUUCUCCGAUGGCUCUCGUUGGUCCCAUCUUACAUGGCCGACCACAACUUCAGCAUUCGCAGGGAUAAAGUAGCAGAUGCCAACCUCAACAACCUUGCGCGGCCUGACACCUUCUACGAAGAGCUCGGCUGCUGGGAGGUGAAGUGGAGGCAUGCAAGCAAGCGCAGGAUCCUGCCAACCACGGUGUUUGCCACUCUCAAGAUUCCAGAUAUUGGGUUUUACCCAAACGUGCAAAGCUUGCUGAGGGUGUUGGGUACGGUUCCCUGCGUAAACGCAGAGGCGGACGUGUACGGUCAGUACCACAUGGUACUGGAGAGGUGCCACUCCUACCUGAGAGCCACAUCAGAGGACCAAAGACAGUGCAGUAUGGCGUACAUCUACGUCAAUCAAGAUGUCCAUUUCAGCGUGGAACAAAUGGUGGAGUCGUACGUCCAAAAGCAUCCGGACAUCCUGCACUUACUGCAAACGGAUGACGACAUGGGAGACAAACCUUUGCCAGCAGCAGCCCACGGAAACCAUCCCGAAAAGGACACUGAGGAGGAAUUGCAGCUCAUCAACCUGGAGAUGGAUGCCGAGAGGCUUGUGGAGAUGAAGUGUGCAGAGACUGAUCGAGAGUCCCUUAAAUCUGCGUUGCAGGCUGCAGUCACAGCGGCAUACAGCAGUCACAGCAGGUCGCACAGCGACACCGGUCCUGCUCAGGACGGAGAGGUCGAGUAUGUGACCAAGUCCGAAAUGAAAGAGGUUCUGACCGUGUGUGAGAAUGCUGUAAGAGAGGGAAUAAUCAUGGAAGUGGGCACUUCCUUCUUUUCGUUGUUCAUCGACCGUGUCGUGAAGAUGGGGGAGAAGGACUACCUCCCACUGUUCCUCAGGUUUGUGGACAGUUUCGACGUCAUGCGAUUGGAGCUCAUGGGGUUCCUCGAGGCAGAUCUCGAUUGUGAUUACAUGGUACAGCGUCUGAUGGAGAUUCUCACAGUGGAGUGGCGUCUUGAUCUGAACAACUGCCGAGGCCAGGCGUACCUCGGUUCGGGUGACGUUUCCUAUAAGCUGAAAGCGUUUGCCUGCAAAGUGCAGGAGAAGCAUCCUCUUGCUAUAAGCACACACUGUUCAUCCUACUCUUUCAACACCUGGUGGUCAAAAUCAAUUCCAGUCCCCGCUGUUAAAAGAGCCCUGGAUACCUUUGAAGAGGUGAUGAUGUUUUUUGGCAGCAGUUCCGCUUUAGAGAAACAGCUCGACCACGUGAUUGACUUUGGUCUUCGAGAGAGCUACGAAAAGGUCCAGGAGUUGCAGGGAAAGUUUUGUACCCUCUGGCAAGAGAAGCAUGAUUCCUAUGAAGUGUUUGUUCAGAUGCUCGAGCCUUUGGUCGAAUGUCUUGAGAAAAUCAAAAGCAACCCGCAGAGAUGGCACGCCAACGUGUCUGACCAAGCGGAAGCCCUUCUCCGCAGGGUGAUGGAGUUCGACUUCAUCAUUGCCAUGGUGGUCUUGAAGAAUGCCUCCUCCUUCACCAGAGAGCUCAGCGCAGGUAUCCAGAAAGACCAGUUCACUGCUGCCUCCCAGCUUUGCCAAAUCAGCGGCAUUGUGGCAACUCUGAACAGGGUGAAAACAAACAUGAAGGUGUUUCACCAGAAUUGGUUCGACGAGGCCUGUGCGAUGGCGCAGAGCUUACGAGUACAGAUCGAAGUGCCUGAAAACGCUUUGCCAAGAGACAGCAUGGUAAAACCUGUGGGUUAUUACAAAGACAGCCUGAGCGUGCCGCUCGUAGACAACCUAAUCAAUGCUGUGAAAGAUCAUUUUUCAGAAGACCACAAAGAAGCCCUCAACUUCCUCUCCCUGGUCCCGUGCUCAGUCACAGUCAGCUACAUGUUCGAGAGCCUGAAAUCGAAGCCUCCCCUUUACAGCAGUGAUCUCCCCGAUGCCGACAACUUCUUUACGGAGCUGUGCUGUUGGCGAGUAACGUGGAAGACCAAAGUAGCAUCUGUGACGAUCCCGAGCUCCAUAUUUCACACGUUGCGCCUGCCACUCAUGCAGUAUUUUGGGAACAUCAACACACUGCUGAGGAUUAUGUCUGUGCUGCCCAGCACGGCGCUGGAGGACUGUGGCGUCGUCAUGCGCCACAAGCGGUUCCAAGACUACCUGAGAAACACACAUCCCAGGGACAGGUCCGCAUGCCUGGCUAUGCUGCAGGUGGGCACGGACUUCAACAGAGAUCUGGAUCGCAUGGUGACCCAGUGCUUGAAGGUCACCCCACAAGCCUUGGAGGGCAUCUGCUUGGACAAGGAAGCCAAGAGUUUGAUCAGGAACACGGAAAAUAAUAUGGAAGUUGAUUCUGUCAAGGAUGAGGCAGAAGAACCCAUACUUCAGCAAUAUCCUGUUAAGAUGGAGGAUCAAGAAAUGAAGCCAACAGAUGAAAAUGGGCACACAGGCGAUAACUUUCAAAGCCUGGCUACGGUCUUCAGACUCGCCGCACUCCUGGGAAAGAAGAAUACCAGUCUUAAUGACCUCCCAGAAGAAAAAAGGGAUCAUUUGCUCCAGGAGCUCAGCAUGUGCCACUGGGUUGAAAAUGAGAAAAGCACACACUGCAUUGGAGAUGAUGAAACGGUGAACCUCCUCAUAGUUAGUAUCAGAGAUGUCAUACUAAGAGAAAUACAGGAUUCUCCGUUCUUCUCGCUCAUUACAGACAAACCUGUAAAAAUUGCAGACAAGACCUACCUGCCUGUUUUUGUCAGGUAUGUUGGAGAAUCAGCCCCAAAAGUGGAGCUCAUGGGCUUCUUGCCGUUUGAUGAAAACUGUCACGUUGACUCACAAGCAAGCAAACUUGCAAAGAUCCUCAGUGACGACUGGGGCUUGCCAAUGUCUCAGUGUCGGGGGCAAGCGUUCAUGCACUUGGGCUCAGGCUAUCAAAGCCUGAAGAAAAUGUCCUUAGAUCUACUGAAGAGCUUUCCCCUCUGCGUUGUGACACCCAGCGAGUCGUGUGGCCUUGCCCAUUGGUUGGCAGGUAGUGUGCCUUGUCCUUCAGUAGCAAAAAUGCUAGAUAUCACUGAAGACCUGCUGCUGUUUUUUAAUGAGUCUCCUUGUCUGGAGGGACAGUUGGCACAGGCAGUGGAUGGACUUCUGAACAUGCCAAGAGAGGCCCUUGAGGAAAUCCCAGAGACGUGUUGCUCCAGGUGGAAAAAGAGAGAAGACUUCUUUGACAUUCUUGCUGACACUUUAGAGGGCGUUCUCAGCUGUCUAGAUGCUGUUAGUUCGAGCACCACGGGUGCAAAAUCGAUGCACGCUCAAGUUCUCUCCACGGCUCUGAGAAAUAUGGAUUUCAUUGUCACCCUCGUGAUUUUGAAGAAUGCCUGCGCUCCCCUCCGUAACUGUAGCACCGUCUUCCGCUGCGGAAACCCUGCUGACAUUCUCUGUGAAGUGGAAAAAAUUCCCUCCAUCAUCGAAGCCCUCAACAAAAUGUUAGAAAAUGUGAGCACUGUGCACUCCGCUUGGUUUGAGCAGGCCUUUCAGCUAGCAACAAAGGUUGCACCCGAGCAAGUGUGCUUCUCGGAGGAAGCCAACAGCUACGAAUCUCCUGAGAUCUAUUACCGAGAAAAUCUCAGCGUUCCUCUCCUCCGAAGCCUCGUUGAUGAGAUGAAGUACAGUUUCUCAGACAGCCACUUAAAAGCCCUGUCGGUGCUGUCGUUGCUGCCUUCUUGCAACCCACAGCCCAUACUGUCGGAGUCCACAAACAAGCCCUUCAGUGUCUACCUUACGGAUGUUCCUGAGCCCGAAGCAGCGGAGCAGGAAAUCAACACGUGGGCGGCUGUCUGGAGGGAGAAGUACCAGGAUGUCGCUCCACCGGCAUCCAUUGCUGAAACUUUAGUUCAUCCUGAGUCAAAGAGCCACCCAACCAUUACCUUACUGCUCCGGCUGGUGGCCGUCCUGCCCAGUGUCAGUAUGGAGUGCGACCUCAUGAAGACCACCCUGAAUUCAAUGAGGGAUCUGUUCAAGAACACUGUGUGCAAAGGUGACAGAAUAGCUCAAGUGAUGCUUCGCUCCCACUGCAACACACUACUGAGACUGCCAGAGGUCAUCGAGAAGUGUACGGAAGGUGAUCCAGAGAGCGGUCCGUGUUUGUCCCAGGUGAUGGGAACACUUCAAAGGCUAAAGCUGGACAGUGCAGGACUGUGCAGCUCAAGUGUAGCCGAGGAAGCCGCUGAUGGAGAGACGUCGGCGGAUGAACAAGUGAUACUGAAGGUCGUCCCAGGGCCAAGAACUGCAGUGUCCUUCUAUGAGCCACUGGUACGUGAGCAGAUGCUCAAGGAAUUAUGGGACUCCCAGUUCUUCACUUUUCUAACCGAGAAAGAAGUUGAAAUCGAUGGUGAGCUCUAUGUUCCGUUGUGCAUCAGAUACCUAAACAAAGAGGAUGUCCAGUGUGAGGAAACAUUGGCUUUUAUCCCCUUUAGCGAGGAUCCGGUUGCCCUCACAGAUUCGAUAGAGACUGCUCUGUCUGAGAAGUGGGGGCUCAACAUGGAGUACUGCAGAGGGCAGGCCUUGCUGAGUGUUGGUGAAGUAGGGGCUCAGAUGAGGGCAGUGAGUUCAGCUUUAUCUGCAAAGUACCCACAGGCUAUUAGAACUGUCAGCUCUUCUUUGUCUUUAAAUGUUUGGCUGGCUAAAUCCUCCCCGGCCGAGGAGGCCGCCAACGCGGCGGCCCUCAUAAGUCAGAUUUUGCACUGGCUCACAGAGGACGCGGAGCGCCAGAACAAACUGGAAGACAUGAUCAUUCACGUAUUCCAGGACAGUGAAGCGAAGGGCAAUGAGUUGAGGGACAAGCUCAUCAAGAACUGGGACAAGAGCCACGACAUGCACGAAAUCAUGGUCGACAUUCUGGAGGCAGUCAUGCUGUGUUUGAACGAGCUGAAAGGGGAGGGCAGCGCCUCAGCUCGGCAGAAAGCGUCGCACUUCUUUGACGCUAUUAGAAACCUGGAGUUUCUCCUGUCGGCGGUGGUGCAGAAGAGCGUCUUGAGCGCAACAAAAAAGCUGAGCCAGUCUCUUCAGGGAAAACCGUUAGACAUGUUGCUUGCUGUGCAUUACUUGCCUUAUCUCAAAACAUCCCUCAGUACUAUGAAGAGCGAUAUUGACUCCCAUCACAAGGCCUGGUUUGAGGAAGCGGUCGCCCUGGCGUCGAAGCUCCAUGUCACCAUGUUGCAUUCGGUUCUUCUUGAGCCCCUGAGUGAGUUUUACAAAGAAUCAGUCAGCCUGAAGGUUGUUGAGCACUCGAUAGCGGAGAUUGACGAGCUCUUCACGGAGAAGGUCUUGGAUACCUUGAGGUGUCUGGAGAUUGUGCCUUACGCAAUGUCCAAAGUAGAAACCAGCGUUCUGGGUGGUCUCGUGUUCCGCCUGUACAAGGAGGACCUACCGGACCAGGCGUCUCUCCACACUGAGAUGAAGUCGUGGAAGGAGAAGUGGCUGGACCCGCUGGCAGGCUACCUUCCAACCACCAUACUCGAUACACUCAAGACAUCGCAGAUAAGAAGUUUCAGCAACAUUGAGACUCUCUUGAGACUUCAAGUCAUCUUGCCGUUUUCACGAAGGGAGAGCAACUUUAGGGAGGGGAAACGGAGCUUGCAGGAAUUUGUUCUACAGAAGAAGAGAUCCCUCACUGAGCUGCAUCCUCUGUAAAAGUUCAGGUCUUCCGUUAGCGUUACACUAGCAGAAUGGAUUCAGUGUGGUGUUGCAAUCAUACUCAAGAAUAUCAAGGUUGAAGUUGGGAGGUUGAUAUUUCUCUGUACAUUAUUGAUCUAAAUUGUUUGAGAUUUCCUUUGGUUGUUAUCCUGCAAAGCCCUAUCUUAUGCUUUUUUUUUAUUAUUCUGUAGUUUGUACAGGUGUACUGCCCAAUGGGACCAAUGUCUUGGCAAAAACGGUAAAUAGCAAUGCUCCAAUGACGGUUAUCAAUGCUUGUGUGCCUUGAUGCAAAAUGAAUAAUUCACCAAGUUAUCAUGAUGUUCGACGGUGUCCCAUGGGCGUUUGAAACAACUCUAUUUUUGUCUAUCCGAAAUGACCAGACUGACUUACGUAUUUCACUGUCAUCAGUCCACCCCAAUUAAUGAAUUGCACCCUUUUGUCUUUUCCUGGGCACAAAUAGAGAAGGUUAGUUCCAUCAUGUGUUCUGAUGAUUUUUCCCAUGUUUCCUCUGUGCGGGAAUGACUUUGCUGUAAACGUAUCUUUGAAAGAAUGUUUCCUCAAUAGGAAAACCUUCAUAUAUAUUUGUCAAAAAAGUAAUAAAAUAUUU